AAGCAACCUCGCUCUGUUCCUCGUGUAGAGAGGUGUAAAAGAAGCGCAUUACGACAUUGCAAUGUUACCAGGCAUCAUUAUCCGUAAAUCCCUGUGGAUAACUUUUACGUUGCUCAGUUUAUCUCAGCCGUCACUUUUGAAAAAGGUUUUCAAAUGUCCUUCCGGAUGCACCUGCUCCAAAGACUCCAUCAUUUGCGUCGGGUCGUCUAUCAUUCCGCGUACGAUUCCUAAUGACAUUAAUUCGCUGAGUAUUGUAAAUGGAAGCUUUCCAGAAAUCAAGGAGGCAAUGUUUGCCCUCAUGCCAUCACUGCAGUUACUGCUACUCAAUUCUAACUCACUCUCAGCCAUUAAAGAUGAUGCUUUUUCUGGGCUUCCACAUCUGGAGUAUUUAUUUAUUGAAGGCAAUCAAAUUGAGACCAUUACAAAAAAUGCCCUCAGGGGUCUUCGUGAUGUGACCCACCUGUCACUUGCCAGCAACAACAUGAAGUCACUCCCAAAGAACCUAUUCUUUGGUUUGGACUCUCUCAUAGAGUUGGAUCUGCGUGGUAACGUGUUUGAGUGUGACUGUGGGGCCAAGUGGCUGAUAGACUGGUUGAGGCGAUCCAAUGCCACAGUGUCUGAUGUCUACUGUGCCGGGCCAGGAGAUAGGAAGGGCAUGCGUCUCAAAGAUGUCCCCGACCAGCAGAAGGAGUGUCUUUCCACUGAUUUUGUCCUUCAUCAGACCCUGGCGACACAAUCCAUGUCAGCGGAUAUCUUCUCCUAUAAAGAAGACAUAUAUGUGGCAAUGGCUGUGCCAAACUCAGACAGCUGUGUCAUUAUGGAGUGGGAUCACAUUGAAAUCAAUUUCAGGCCUUUUGACACUAUUACAGGGCGUUCCAUUGUUGGGUGCAAAUCAGUUCUGAUUGACGACCAGGCCUUUGUUAUUGUCUCUCAGCUCUUUGAUGGUUCCCACAUCCACAAAUUUGAACCGCAGCAGAAUAAGUUCACAAAAUUUCAAGUUGUUGAAGCAGCCAACAUCUCUAAACCCAAUGACCUUGAAGUCUUUCAAAUUGGAGAAGAGUGGUUCUUUUUGGUUGUUGAUAGUUCUAAAGCCGGCUUAUCAACCCUCUACAAAUGGAAUGACACAGGAUUCUACCCAUACCAGUUUCUUCAUGAGUGGUUCCGUGACACUGAUGCAGAGUUUAUUGAUAUAGAUGGCAAGGGACACCUCAUCCUGGCAAGCCGCUCACAAGCUCCAGUUAUCUACCAAUGGAACAAGAGUACCCAGAAGUUUGCUUUACUUACUGAUAUCCCCAAUAUGGAUGACAUUGUCACAGUGAAGUCGUUUCAUAUAAAUGGGGACUUAUAUCUGGCCAUGGCCUGUUAUAUUGGUGACUCAAAGGUCCUCCAGUGGACUGGCAAACAAUUUGUUGAAGUGCAAGCAUUCCCAUCUCGAGGAGCCAUGGUCCUCCAGCCUUUCAAGUUCAGGGAGCAACACUUCCUUGUUCUAGGAAGUGACUAUUCCUUCUCAUUGGUGUACAGGUGGGAUGAGAAGAACAAACACUUUAUCAAGUUCCGGGAGGUAUAUGUGCAAUGGCCACGUUCUUUCACCGCUCUUUCAACAGACCAAAGGGAUUUUCUUUUGGCCACUAGCUUUAAAGGCAAAACCAAAGUGUUUGAGCAUGUCACAGUUGACAGUAGCUUAUAAGUCCAAAAAUGCUCCUAAUAAUGCAAGCUUAUGAAUCAAUAUGGCCAUCGAUCAUUGUUUAUAUUAUGUACAAUGCAUUUGUCUGACAUACGCAUUUCUUUUUAAAGGUGUAAUGGUCUUUUGCCUAAAACUGUGUCCCACACAAUGAUGUUAGGAAGGAGGAGUGUAAAGAUGUCUGCAGUUGCAGUUUAUAUUAUUAUUAUUAUUAUUAUUAUCAUUAUUAUUAUUAUUAUUAUUAUUAUACAUGUAUUACUAAGUUCAGGUUUCAUUUGAAAUGUUCUUGGAAGUUGUGAGUAAGUGCAUUCAAAAGCCUGAAUCAGACGAGCAAGAUGCAUGCAAUGGUGUAAUGAAGAGCAGAGUAAAGACAGGAGAGUAUUUGAGUAAUCCUCUCUGUGCAUCAUGACUUAGAAAUGGCUCUACUUAUAGGCUAAAUCUAAAAUUGUUUUUCAUAUCCGAUUACAACAAUGACCAUCUACAUUUGGCUUAUUUUGAAGUGUUAAACUUCACAAAUGACUUAAGUUAAUAAUGUCAACAAGCAGUACUUCCUUAAACCUUCAAAUGGCUUUACUCAGACCAGCUAUACUGAUGCAUUUGGAUUAUGAGAGCUUCCAUACUCAUUUAGAGCAUGCAUGGACAGCAUGCUGUACAAUGUAAUGAUAACAGAGCUUAUUCAUGGAAUAUUCCAGUAACUGCUAGAAUGUCAAAUGAUCUAUCAUGUAUAUGCUGAACCCCAAUUACAGAUUGCUAUAUCAGAUGAAGCAUACCACACUUUGGGCUCUAUUUUGACGAUCAGAAAGGCGGCGCAAAGUUUAUUCUUAUUUUACACUUGAAUUUUGCACUAUGCGCUUCACUUUUAAUAAGCCUUGUGCCCAGGGGUGUGGCAGAAGGUGUAGUCUGGCACAUGAUCCAAAAUCACUAUUUUACACCCUCUAAAAAUCAUACGCCACUGACCAAGAAACACCUGGUCUAUAGUGAAAGGCACAUCUGAAGCACAGCAGAAGAAGCACUGUCACGAGAUGUAAGCAGUCCUUAGCAAGCAGUCCCAAACAACUUAUCUGCAGGAUAAAUUGCUUUUUAUUCAGUUGAACAUUAUUCAAUUGUAACCCCUUGUCAGUCAAUAGUCACAGUGAUUAACUGUGUAGAACUGUUUUGUCGUUGACUCUGAGACCACGGUGAAGUUUCACCUCUUACCAUGCAUUUUAGAUCGCCAAGAUAGAGUCCUUUAUGUUUAUGUAUGAGUGAUACUGUGACAGAAGAUAGACAAGAGAAAUUAAAUCUAAUAUGUUGAAUUGGUAGAAAAUAACCUCUAUAUCUAAAAUCUAAACAGGCCUUAUGCCAUUUUGGUAGAUACACAAGGCCCUACUUAAUAUUUAGGCUACUGCUAAAAUCUCAGGAAAAGCAAACCAGACAUCCUGGUUCCAUUUGGUUUUAUUGAACUAAUGGAAAUGUCCUGAUAUAAAAUAUAUUAACGCUGUGAUGUGAGAAUAUUUGUUGUCAUAUUGUAAGGAAUGGUCAGCAUUUAAAAUCUUCUCUGAUGUUGCAGUGAGUUUAUAGCCCUUUAAUUCUAAGUUAUUGUUUUAGCUGAUAUCAUGCGGUUAUGCAAUAGAAUGAGAUUGCUCUUGAUUCUCAGAUAUCAAAAUGCAUAAAGAGUCGAGCUGAAUUUGUCUAUGCAUAUUAUGUACACAGUAGCAAACCAUAUAACCACAUAAUAAAACUUUCCAUCUGUAC